AUUCUGAACGAAGUGCAAAUGUCUCUUUUGUUGUCGACAAAAACACACAACUUCCGGGCAAAUGCUAAAGAGGAUAGCUAGUUGGCUAACUUGCUAAUGCACAAGGUUCUGCUCAGGGAAUAACGUUAUAUCUAUCAAAUUAAGACUACUGCAUUCAUUCAAGGUUUUGUACGAGUUUGGAGCUAGUAGUUAUGUCAAUGAGCAGUACUAAGAGGAGAAGAGCCACAUCUCCUUCCAGCAGUGUGAGCGGUGGGGACUUAGAUGAUGCCUCCUCUUCCACUCCCGGUAGCGGCAGAAAAAGGAGAAGGACCUCCAAGCUUCCAACUGUGGAUCCCAUCGCAGUGUGCCAUGAGUUGUACAAUGCUGUUAGGGACCACAAAGAUGACCAAGGGAGGCUGCUUUGUGAAUUGUUCAUACGAGUUCCAAAAAGAAGGAAUCAGCCAGAUUACUAUGAGGUUGUAUCUCACCCCAUUGACAUGACAAAGAUCCAGCAGAAACUGAAAUCAGAAGAUUACCAAGAUGUAGACCAGCUCACUGCUGAUUUCCAGCUCAUGUUUAACAACGCCAAAUCCUAUUUCAAGGCUGAUAGAGAUGAGUACCAAGCAGCUUGCAGGCUGUGGGAAGUCUAUGUGCACACCAGGAAUGAAUUUGUGCAGCCCGGAGAUGGGGAUGAGGAUGAUGAUGAGGAUGGUGACGACAUGCUUGACAAUCCUGGACUUUCCACUGAAGAUGAGACCCCACCAAGCUGUCUGAAGGAGGUUUUGGAGCAGCUCUUGGAGGCUGUGGUGGCUUACACUGACCCUUCAGGAAGAUUGAUCAGUGAACUUUUCCAGAAGCUUCCCUCCAAAAUGCACUACCCAGACUACUAUGCCAUUAUUAAGGACCCAAUUGAUAUGAGAACCAUUGCUCAAAGAAUACAGAUUGGAUAUUAUAAAAGUGUCAAUGCCAUGGCCAAGGACGUUGACCUUUUGGCCAAAAAUGCUAAAACGUAUAACGAACCAGGAUCUCAGGUUUUUAAGGAUGCUAACACAAUCAAGAAGAUCUUUGUCCAGCGCAAGACUGAAAUUGAACAUGCUGAGCCUACAAAAUCUAGUCUUCGCAUCAGGCGUGUAUUCAGAAACCGGCGGUCAGCCCAGGGAGACCGUCUGUCAGCCAUCACCCUGGCCUUGCAGUACGGAUCUGAGAGUGAAGAGGACGCCUUUCUCUCAGGGUCUGUGCGCUAUGACGAGGGUGAGUCUGAAGCUGAGUGCCUCAGCUCCAGCAUGGACAUGUCCAACCCCAUCUUCCUGCUGUAUGAGGCUGUCCGAGGAGGCAGGAACAGCCAAGGACAGCUCCUGUCUGAACCCUUCCUACAGCUGCCUUCCAGGAGGGAAUACCCUGACUACUACCAGCAGAUCAAACAGCCCAUCUCUUUGCAACAGAUCAGAGAGAAGAUGAAGAAUGGAGAGUAUGAUAGCGUGGAGCAGAUGGAGACUGACCUCAGCAUGAUGCUUGAGAAUGCCAAGCGUUAUAACAUGCCCAACUCUGGCAUUUAUAAACGGGCUGUCAGGCUUCAGCAGAUAAUGCAGAUCAAGAAGAGGGAACUGUUGAGAAGAGAUGAUGAUGAUGGGGACAGCAUUCUGUCAUCUGAUGCAGGGAGCACCAAGAAGAAAAGCCAUAAGAAGAACACCAAAAAAAAACAGAUGAAGGCCCUUUAUGCUGCAGUAACAGAGGCCAGAGAAGAAAACAGUAACCGGCGCCUCUGUGACCUUUUCAUGGUCAAGCCAUCAAAGAAGGACUACCCUGACUACUACAAGGUCAUCCAGGAUCCAAUGGACCUGAAGACCAUUGAGCACAACAUCCGCUCAGAGCGCUACACCACUGGGGAGGCCCUGAUGGACGACAUGAGGCUGAUGUUCCGUAACGCCCGCCAUUACAAUGAGGAGGGUUCUCAGGUUUACAAUGAUGCUGGUAUUCUAGAGAAGGUCUUGAAGGACAAGCGCAUGGAGCUAGGGCCUGUUCCUGAUGAGGAGGAUAUGGGUUCUCCCAAGCUCAAACUAAGAAAGAUUGGUGUCUCACCAAAGAAGUCCAAGUACCUGACUCCGCUCCAGCAGAGGCUGAACGAGCUCUACGAUGCUGUGAGGAACUAUCAGGACCGCCGCGGCCGACGCCUCAGCACCAUCUUCCUGCGCCUGCCCUCACGCGCCGAGCUACCGGACUACUACGCCACCAUCAAGCGGCCCAUUGACAUGGAGCGCCUGCGCAGCCACAUAGCAGGCGGGCGCUACCAGGACGUGGACGCGCUGGUGGAGGACUUCGCUCUGAUGUUCAACAAUGCCUGCACGUACAAUGAGCCAGAGUCUCUGAUCUACCGCGACGCCCUGGUGCUGCACCGCGUGCUGCUGGAGACACGCAGGCUGCAGGAGGGUGGGGAGGAGGGCGGGGCUCCAGUUGUGGGCUCGCUGGUCAGAGAGCUCAUCAGGAACCUGUUUGUGUCAGUGCUGAGCCACCAGGACGAGGAGGGCCGCUGCUACAGCGACUCCCUGGCGGAGAUCCCGGCCCAGGACCCGACCAGCCCAGAAAAGCCUCCUCUGAACUUUGAUAUCAUCAGGGUGAAUGUUGACCGUGGGCGCUACAAGAGGCUUGAUGUAUUUCAGGAACACAUGUUUGAAGUGCUGGAGAAGGCCAGGCGGCUGAAUAGGACAGACUCCGAGAUCUUUGAGGAUGCAGUGGAGCUUCAGCACUUCUUCAUUAAGAUCAGAGAUGAGCUGUGUAAGAAUGGCGAGAUCCUGCUAACGCCUGCUCUCAGCUACACCCACAAACACCUGAACAGUGACGUGGAGCAGGAGAAGAGAGAGAAACUGCCCAAGGAGAUGGAGGAGGACAAGCAGAAGAGGGAGGAGGAAAACAAAGAGGGGGAGAAGCCAGAAGACCUACCAGGGGGUGCAUGGCAGUCUGGCCCAGAGCGUACCUACAGUCAGGACUGCAGCUUCGAGAACAGCACCUACCACGUGGGAGACUGUGUCUAUGUGCGGCCAGCAGAGCCCAACCUGAAGCCUCACAUUGUCUGCAUUGAACGCCUGUGGGAGGAUGAAGCAGGAGAGAAGUGGCUCUAUGGCUGCUGGUUCUACAGACCCAGUGAGACCUUCCACCUGGCCACACGCAAGUUCCUGGAGAAAGAGGUGUUCAAGAGUGACUACUUCAACAAAGUACCUGUCAGCAAAAUAAUUGGCAAAUGCAUGGUCAUGUUUGUGAAGGAUUACUUCAAACUGCAGCCAGAGGGCUUUCGGCUGGAGGACGUGUAUAUCUGUGAGUCACGCUAUGCUGCCAGGAACAAGUCCUUCAAGAAGAUCAAGAUGUGGGCCAUGCCUGUCAACUCUGUGAGGUUUGUCCCUCGCGAUGUGCCGUUGCCUGUGGUCCGGGUUGCCUCCAUGUAUGCCAAGCACGACCAGGAGAAGCCUUUGGCUAUGCCCCACAUCGACAGUGGCAGUGGCAGCGUUGUUAUCAAGGAAAGAGAGGAUGUUCCAGUGGACAUGAGUGGAGGGGAGCCAGGCUGUCAAUACUACGACCAGCUCCACUAUAACAAAAUGUGGCUAAAAGUAGGAGACUGUGUCUACAUCCAGUCCCAUGGUCUGAUUCGACAUCGCAUUGGCAGGAUUGAGAAGCUGUGGGUGUGCAAUGGAGCUGCGUUCUUCUUUGGGCCCAUCUUCAUCCAUCCCGAGGAGACAGAACAUGAGCCCACCAAGAUGUUCUACAAGAAAGAGGUGUUCCUGAGCAACCUGGAGGAGACCUGUCCAAUGACCUGUGUCCUCGGUAAAUGCAUGGUGUCCUCCUUCAAGGACUACCUGUCCUGCCGACCCACAGAGGUGGCCGAGGAGGACGUGCUGCUCUGUGAGAGCCGCUACAUCGAGAGCGAGAAGCAGAUGAAGAAGUUCAAGGGUCUGAAGCGCUUCUCCCUCUCUGCCAAGGUGGUGGAUGACGAGAUCUACUACUUCAGGAAGCUGAUAGUUCCUCAAAAAGAGCCAUCUCCUCUGCUGGAUAAAAAGAUUGAGGAGCUCGAGUUGAAACUAGCAGACAUGGAUGAGGGAGAUGAGGACAUGGAUGACAUGGAGGAUGAGGACGAGGCCCCAGAGACUCCCUCCAUGCCUCAGAUGCAGACCCCUCUGGCAAGCGAUAUGGACAUCAUGCCAUACACCCCUCCACAGUCCACUCCUAAGGUAAAGGGCAUGUCCAAGAAGGAGGGUGCCAAGAGGAAGAUCAACAUGAGUGGGUAUAUCCUGUUCAGCAGUGAGAUGCGUGCGGUGAUCAAGGUCCGACACCCGGACCUUUCCUUUGGGGAGCUGAGCCGGCUGGUGGGCACGGAGUGGAGGAACCUCGAGGCUACCAAAAAAGCAGAAUAUGAAGAGCGGGCAGCCAAGGUGGUGGAGCAUCAGGAGCGCGAGAGGGCAGCCCAGCAGCAAGCUUCCCCUAGACCAGGUACCCCAGUAGGGAUGCUGAUGGGCAUGGUGCCUUCGCCUAGCGCUAUGGGAAUGCUAAACCAGACCAUGACGCCUGUGUCAGGCAUGAUGGGAGCUUAUGGCCCACCCUACAUGCAGGGACCCCCCGAGGGCUUGUGUGUGGGUCCAAUGCCACCUUACCCCAUGGGGGUGUCCCAACUGCCUCCCCACCACCUCCCACCAGGUGUGCUCGGGUAUCCUGGCAUGCCCCACCCGGGUAUGAUGGGCCCUGGUAUGAAUGGCAUGGCUGGAAGUCCUGGACCCGGAAAUCCUUACAUGCAACAGCCAGGAAUGUUCAGCCCAGGGCAGCAUGCCCCACCUCCUUACCCAGGACAAGGCCAGCUGGGUCAGCCUUCACACCUGCAGCCCACCACCCCCAUGUUUGUGGCUCCACCACCCAAGACUCAGAGAGUCCUCCACUCGGAGGCCUACCUCAAAUACAUCGAGGGCUUGAACUCGGACACAGCCACUAUCAGCAAAUGGGAUCAAACCCUCAAAGCCCGCAGGAGAGAUACCCACCUGACCAAAGAACAGGAGAGCCGUUUGCCUUCCCAUUGGUUGAAAAGCAAGGGUGCCCACACAACAAUGGCAGAUGCACUGUGGAGGCUGCGUGACUUGAUGCUGCGAGACUCUCUGAACAUACGCCAGGCAUAUAACCUGUAGAACAUUCUUAGCACUCACUGUCCUUGUCAUGGAAUGGACAAAGUAAAACUAAUAGGUCAUAGAGAAGCAAUAUGUUAUAGGCCAUGAAUCAUAAAAUUUUUAUUUAGAAGUCAAAUAAGCUUACUUAGUGUGUUUUUUUUAUUGCUAAUUUUUAUGUGUGAACAUUUCUCAAAUGAAAUCAGUGUUUUUGGCUCAUUCUUCUGACUGCCAAAUAAAUUUGAUUAGAAC